CAACCAGACCAUAAGAGAAGUUAUUCAUAUCACAAGAAUCAUUACAAUGGCUUCUUUCAAUAGCUUUAUCUUUGCCUUCUUCAUGGCUUUAUCAUUUUCAAGCAUCAACGUCAGCUUAGGAGCUCGUCGUCUUCAGCAACUACCGCCUCUGCCUACAGGAACAACAUUGCCACCAUUACCAUCUAUCCCAACUCUCCCACAACCUUCAUUACCAUCUCUACCAAAGCCCGGCACGCUCCCACCACUUCCUAGCAUUCCUGCAAUACCUCAACCUACCUUGCCUACCGCCCCCAAAGUCACUCUACCUCCACUGCCUAGCAUUCCCUCAUUGCCUCAGCCUACCCUGCCCACUGCUCCCAAAGUCUCUCUACCUCCCCUGCCCAGCAGUAUUCCUUCAAUUCCUACACUUCCCUCCAUCCCAUCCCUCUCUCCUCCUCCUGGAAAUUAACUUACUAGUCCUCGUAAUGGAUUUUUCAUCCCAUAUGGAGUUUGGACCUGCUUUUGAGCUGCCGAUGUCAUUACGGUUUAUACUUUUGAUUUUAUGUGUCAGCAUUAUUGUUUCUUUCACUUCGUGUAUUUGGAAUAAACCAGUGACUUCUUAAUAUUGGGAAUCGUUUUGUUUUGUGCUCAUGCUUGUAUUUUGUUUCUUCAGAAUAAUAUCAUAAUAAUAUU